UGCGUGUGUGUGUGCGUGUGUGUGUGUGGAGCCACACUACGAACUCCGUUCUCUAAUCUCACGGAUCGGUUUAACCCGGCUGUUAGCCCGUUUACUGUUCAUUAGCCAGGAUCUCUUUAGUCCGGCAGCAUGUCGUCCAGCCCGCAGCAGGCGAACCCGAAGCCGAACAAGGAGCCGAACCCGGAGCCGAACAAGGAGCCGAACAAGGAGCCCAGCACGCAGCCGAAAGAGGAGCUGAAGGAGGAGCCGAAAGAGAAGAAAAAGGAGGAGAGGAAUGAAGAAAGAAAAGAGGAGGCGAAGGACGGAAAGAAGGAAUCCUGGAAGGAUGCAAUCUACAACCCGAGGACCGGAGAGUUCAUGGGCCGGACCGCCAGGAGCUGGGGUCUCAUCCUUCUCUUCUACCUUGUCUUCUACGCCUUUCUGGCAGGAAUGUUUUUUCUUACCAUGUGGGUCAUGUUGCAGACUUUGGAUGAAAACGUUCCUCGCUGUCAGGACAGAGUAGCACAUCCAGGUUUGGUGAUUCGUCCCCAUGCAGCUGAAAUUUCCUUUAAUCGCAGCGAUGCACCAAAGUACGAGUACAUCCAACAACUCCAUGAGCUGCUGCAGCGUUAUAACGACAGUAUUCAGGAGCGUAACGAUCUGUGUCUGGUGGGUGAAUACACGGAGCAGGAUGACGAGUCUGUGAAGAAAGUCUGUCAGUUUAAACGCAGUACGCUGCGUCAGUGCUCCGGUCUGUCCGACACCAGCUUUGGAUACGCUGAGGGGAAACCGUGCAUCAUUAUCAAGAUGAACCGGGUCAUUGGACUGAAACCACGUGGAGACCCGUACAUCAACUGUACUGCCAAGAGAGACAGUCCCUUACAGAUGCGGUACUUUCCAUCAGAAGGUCGUCUGGAUAAAAUGUUUUUCCCCUACUACGGCAAGAAAGCUCACCCUGACUAUGUGCAGCCUGUGGUUGCGGUGCAGCUGUUGUUAACUAAAGAAGAUUAUAAUGUGGAGCAGACUGUGGAGUGUAAAGUGGAAGGUUCAGACCUGCGUAAUAACGAUGAUCGGGACAAGUUUCUUGGUCGCGUCAUUUUCCGUGUCAAAGUGUCAGAGUAACAGCAUCUCUGACGCACCAUGGAUAGCACAAAUUAGAAAUUAUUCCUUGUUCUGGACAAUUUGGAAUCCAGACCUGAUCUGAUCCUAGGUGUCUGUAGCUGUCUGUUCAUACUCUAUUGGGUCCUCAGAUCCGGACCACUGAGAGCAGUAGAUCCUGUUUCAGUCUGGGUUCAGUCGUCAUUCAGCUGUUUCACUCUGUGGUCCAGUUGUGCUCUCAGUAGACAAACAGAAACCAGAGUGACACCAGUUCAAGCUGUUCAGACAGUUGGAGCAGAUCAGGUCUGGUGUGGAAGCAUGUUAGCACGGAUAUGUUGUUGUUUCUUUUGUACGUUGUGAUGUAAUCAAACAAAAAUCGAUCCCAGCAGGAGCUGACAGAGCAGCUCAGCACAAACUGUCAUCAGCACUUUCACACUGAGACUCCAAACUAAAGUUUACAUUUUCUUAGAUUGUUCGGAGACUUUGGUCGAUUUCCAGCUGCUCAGUAAUGCAAUGACUUUACUGUCCUCUGCAUUUGAAUAUUAACUAUGAAAGCAUUACACUGAUGACUUUAUUUUUUAAAAUGUGACCUGCUGAUCAUUUCUGCAGCAGGAAGUAUUUUAUUUAUCUAUGUGCACUGUGUGUUGCAGCUCAAUGGAAGUUAAGUAAUGUGAUCACUGACUGCUUGGUACAUUUUUUGGAACUUCACUGAAGCUUACAGUUUAUUUAAAAAGCUGCCAAAAUACAUUUAAGUAUGUCAGCACAAACAUUUCAGAGACAUUAAAGAUAUGACACUGUGAAGAAUAAUGCUGCGUUGAUACUCAACCUGCUGGGACCAACACCCCUCCCAUCCACACCACAAUUUUACCUGUUUAUCCCUCAUAAACACAAGAAGAAAGUAUUGUUAACACCACUACUUUCACCAGAAGAACCUCUGCCUGUUGAUGGUUUGUUGUUCUUUAUUAUUUAAGCACAAAUGUUUGUGUCAUUUUUUCAGAAAAAAAUGUUUAUAAAUAUUCUGUAUGGAUUUAAUAAACCUGAACUAUACAACCAAAAGU